CUCGCGCAUACGACCCCGGUGGCAAUCUUGAUCUCAAAGCCCAUGUCGCAGCAACAGCACGCUGUCGAGGAGGAGGCAGAAGCCAACCGACCCAUCACAGCCAUCAACGCCUCCUCGGCCUACUCGACCCUCGACAAGAAUCACUUUGAAAGAUCAGCACAUCUCCAGCGCCAGGCCAAUGCACUUUCGGCCCAUUCGGCCGUUGGAGGCUCGGCGCUCCUGGAUACUUGCGUCUCGGCCGCUACCGGUGUGUCGCAUCUGACUCUGCCAGAGAGAGGCCAGCCCAGGUCAUCAAGCGCGAGUCAAGAACCUUUGACCAUGGGCCGACCCAGUCAUUCUACAAACGUAAUGCUGCUGGACGAGUGCGUUGCUGCCGCUGUCGGCAGCCAUGGUCAAAUCUCGGACCGUGCUCAACAGCAGCCGCUGCAGCAACUAUCCAAAAGCGCUAUCGGCGCCGUUUCCCUUGAAAGCCAAGUCACCAGGUCGAUGGAGAUUCCCAAGAGCCUUGCCAAGGCCGUUCUCUUGGACGAGUGUGUGGCUGCAGCCGUUCGCAGCUCGACCGAGGUCGUCAACCAAGCUCGAGGCUCUAUUGUGAGACAGAGGAGCUUUGGAAACGAACCGACCGACGGCCGCAGCUCGGUUGUUUCCGAGGCCAAUCCAAUGCCGCUGUCCCAACGGAGCUCGGCCGACCGGCCACACAAAAAGGCCAACAACCCCCUGUAUCAGGGGAUGCGGCAGGAGCCUGUCCAUCGCCCGCGCUCAAAGUCUACUGUCCAGAAGCCCUCAGGCAAACCGACGACCGAAGACACCGCUGGCUCGAGUAGCAUCCAGCCCUCCCCACACACCUCUCGCCCGAGCACUCCUGGACAGCAGCGGACCCAUCGUCCUCGCAGCGCCAGCUCGGCCACGGCCACAUCCGUGGUGGGCAAGCCGCUCCGAUCUGCGUCACAACUUCCGCAUCAGCCUGAAUCCGAGAAAUCCAACAGCUCUAUCGCAAACUCCGAGAAUGUCCAGUCGCCGCGCACGUCCAUCUUUGGCCGCCUGCAAAAGCGGCUUUCGGCUCUCACCGGGGGCAGCAAAAGCAACAGCGCUGCGUCAACCCCACGGGGGUCGGUGACCCGCGAAAGCUCGGCCACUUCGAUCCAGCAGAGCCGACGGACCCUGCCCGGAAUCGGUCCCAGUUAGAGCUCUGGCCAGGUGCGAUGGUGAGGAUCGGGCUGCCGAGUGCCCACGUUUGUUUGGCCCGAGACGAGCAGAGUGCCUGGGCGAUGCGGCGGCUCUUGGAUGGCAUAUGAUGAUCGAUC